AUGGUUACUUCAACUCCGUAUUAUGCACAAGCUAAUGGGCAAGUCGAGGUAGCAAAUAAAAUAUUGAUCAAUUUGAUUAAGAAGCAAAUUGUUUUGCCAUUGGAAAUUAAUCUUAAUACGUUAAGGAUAUUGAGGAAAGAUGAUUUGCCAAUCGAAUAUUAUUGGAAUGUAGUGUAUGAUGAAUUGAGUGACUUAAGUCAAGAAUGUAUUCUAGCACUCGAGAAUAUAGUUCGUCAGAAGGAUAACAUUACUCAAAAUCAUAAUCGUCGAAUAAAGAAAAAGUGUUUUCGUAUGGGAAAAUUGGUGUUAAAAGUUAUAUUGCCAACUGAAAAGAAAUCGAAGUUUCUUGGCAAAUGGUCUCAUAAUUGGGAAUGA